ACUCAGGAAUACUUUAGAAUGGGAAGUCUGGAUGAUGUUCCUUUUAAGGUUCCACUGGGUGCCCUGGACGAACCACUGAACAUGAUGGCACUAGUCACAGCACCAGAAAUUAAGAUUCCAGACUGUCACCAAAUACUGCAGGAUACAAAGUAUGAGUUUUCUCUGGAAAACUGGGUUCUAACUGGGUUCCAUGCAGGUUCCACUAAGCCUGUGUCUGAGUGUGUGGGUGUUCUUUCAUCCUGCCCGCCAUACUGGCUGCUGUUUAGCAGUCCUCCGGAGAGAUGUCCUGCACAUCAGUGCAGCCAGGGAUUGUGGGAGAAUGGUCAGCGACCACGCAGUCUAAGCCUGAGUGCAGUGGACAAGUUCAGACACCAGCUGCCCCGUGCUGUGCACUUCCUCAAUGGCGAUGCAGAGCAUGAGGCUGCUGGCUACAGUGAGGAUAACGAGUGUUCCUCAGGCGAAGAACAUGCAGGUUUUUGCUAUAGAAGUGGAGAAAGACCAAAACGACCCCUCUUAAUGUCCCAUGUGGCUCAAAAGCCACGAUCCUUAAUCCAAGCCCAGACGAGCUCUUCAGCCUCUUUAAAGAAGCUAAGCAGUCCACAGAGCCAGAGACCCUCACGCAAGAAACAAAGCUCGGGGGGUUCCAGUGGAAAACGUCACUCUGGCAUUCACAGGUCGCCUGCAGCACACUGUAAACUGCAACCCAGACCUUCCUCAGCCGGCCCACAGCCCUCUGCACGGCCAGCCCACAAGCCUUCGCUGCAGGCUGCCCGUCCUCGCACUUCUCACGGAGGUUGCAGCUCAGUGGCUGACUCAUCAGUGGAGCUACUUUACGCUUUGAGCCAGGAAGAGAGGAAGCUGGUGGAGACCAUCACCUCUCAGGGACAUUCGAUUCGCUCUGUCAUCUUUGCUCUACAGCGCACUGGCACACGCAGUGCAGACCAGAUUGUGAACUAUCUAUUAGCCUGUGAUCGACUCUGCGCUCUGGGAUAUGACAGGACUCAGGUGGAGGAUGCUUUAGAGAUGUUUCAGUACUGUGAAAGCAAGGCUGCAGAGUUCCUGCAUUUGCUGGCUCAGUUCUGUGAGAUGGGCUUUCAGCAGAGCACCAUUAAAGAGGUCCUGUUGUUACAUGAGAACCACCGAGAGAGUGCGCUAGAGGAACUCAUGUCACGCUUCAUCUAAACUGCUCAAACACCUACAGUCGGAUCAGAACAGUCAUAUCUUUUAUAUUCUAUUCUUUCCGAACAAAACUUACUAUUGUAAAUCAAUAAAUCAUGAUAAA